UCAGGGUCACCUCCGUUUCUUUCAACCCCCCUCCCACCUCUAUAUAUAUGUGUGUAUAUAUAAAAUAUAACUCCCAGUUUUAUGGGGUUCGUAGAAUCUCGAAGUUGCGUUGGUUCUACAGUCGCAAAACUAGUUUAAUCUUACGGGUUCCGAAGAUCGCUGUUUCGGUUCAUUUUCCUCAGAUUUGCUGAAUUUAAGUUGUUGGGAUUGCGGCAGUUCAAGCAUCUAAUCGGGCUCGACACAAUGGUUUCCUUCGAAAUGAAUGACCGAAAAAAGAUUGGGCUUGGAUUGACAGCAUUUGGUGUAUUCUUCUCGUUCAUGGGAAUUAUUUUCUUCUUUGACAAGGGACUAAUUGCCAUGGGUAAUAUCCUCUUCGUCUCAGGAGUGAUAUUAACUAUUGGACUGAAGUCCUCAAUGCAGUUCUUCAUGAAGCGUAGCAAUUUCAAGGGAACAAUGUCUUUUGGUUUGGGCUUCAUCUUGGUCGUCAUAGGAUGGCCUAUAAUGGGAAUGAUUUUGGAGGCAUAUGGGUUCAUUGUUCUGUUCAGUGGCUUCUGGCCAACACUGGCAGUUUUCCUGCAGAAGAUACCAAUUCUUGGUUGGGUCCUCCAACAGCCAUUUUUUAGAUCGCUCUUUGAACGAUACCGUGGCAAAAGGGUGCCUGUAUAGCUGUAUAAUUAACUUAAUCAGAUGUAUGAAAGUGCAAGGAAGCUUCCCAAAUUGACCGCCCAGUUGGAAGUGUUGUAAAGUACUGCCAUGCCAGAUGAAUGGUUGGUUCGUUUGAACUCUGAAGGAUGGACAGCAAACGAUAUUCUCACAUACAAUCAUACAGUUUUGUUCGGAUUAUUCUUUAGUUUGGGUUAUAAUAUUUGUUAUUUUGUCAAGUAGUGUACUUGUUAAAAAAACAGGUUGAUGAAGCGAAUACCAAAAAUACGAAGGGUGUUUCCUUUAGCUUAUGCAGCAUGUUUCGUUUAGCAUACUUUGUAUCAGAUGAUGUGAUGUUUUUUGAAAUUAUCUUUAGUACAUUAUGCCUGUGGCAAUUUUUAUUUAAAGAACUGGGAUAAAAUUUUGACUGUU